GUGGUCGAUGACCUCAAAUCGUCAUUGAACAAAUUUCAAAACAGAUAAUCUCAACUCCAGAAUAUUUAAAUUUUGUGCGAAAAUUUCAUUAGCAAAAAAUAAAUAAAUAGUAACUAGAUAAAGUGUCAGUCUUGGUCGAGAAGAGAAGACUGCCGUGGCAGCUGCGGAAUCGAGUUUCUCGUUGGAUACAAGUUCGAACAAAAACCAAAAUGUCAGUACCGAAACUAGAAUCCGUUGUGGUCCAAACGACGCCCUUCGAAGAUCAGAAACCAGGCACUAGUGGUCUCAGGAAAAAAGUCAAAGUGUUUAUGGAAAAAAACUACACGGAAAACUUUAUCCAGUGCAUUUUUGAUGCUUUAGGAUGCAAACUGAAAGGAGCUACUCUUGUUGUAGGCGGAGAUGGAAGAUAUUUCUCCAAGCCUGCGAUUAAUACUAUUAUUAGGAUAGCAUCUGCUAACGAAGUUAGUAAACUCAUCAUUGGCCAACUUGGUAUUUUCUCCACUCCAGCAGUCUCAGCUUUAAUUAGGCAACACAAAGUUUUGGGUGGUAUCGUUUUAACAGCUUCGCACAACCCUGGCGGUAUCCGUCACGAUUUCGGCAUCAAAUACAAUAUCGAAAAUGGUGGUCCAGCUCCUGAUCAAAUCUCCAACAACAUCUACGAACUCACCACUAAAAUUACUCAGUACAAAACCACACCCACUCUGGAAACUGAUAGGAUGAUUGAUAUUUUGGGUACUAGCAAAUUCAAUGUUGAUGGUAGGGAGUUUACAGUUGAAAUAAUCGAUUCUACCAAAAAUUAUGUGGCGCUGAUGAAGGAAAUUUUCGAUUUCAACAAACUCAGGGCGUUGAUUAGGGGAACUGAUAAAAGACCUGCAUUUAAUAUUUUGUUGGACUCGAUGAAUGGAGUUACUGGUGUUUAUGUUCGUAACAUAUUUGUGGAAGAACUAGGUGCUUCUCCAGACAAUAAUGUACGCCGUGUAGUGCCUCUUGACAACUUUGGAGAAAUUCAUCCAGAUCCGAAUCUGACCUACGCCAAAGAUCUGGUUGACAAACUAAAAGAAAAUGCCAGCUACGAUUUUGGAGCUGCUUUUGACGGCGACGGCGAUAGAAACAUGAUUUUAGGCAAAAACGCUUUCUUCGUGACUCCUAGUGAUUCCUUGGCUGUGUUAGCUAACAACUUGGACUGUAUUCCUUAUUUCAAGAAAAACGGUGUGCACGGGUUCGCAAGAUCUAUGCCUACUGCGGCAGCUGUUGACAGGGUGGCUGCCAAAUUGGGCAAAGAAAUGUUCGAAGUUCCAACUGGAUGGAAAUAUUUUGGAAAUUUAAUGGAUGCAGGAAGGCUAAGUCUUUGCGGUGAAGAAAGUUUCGGUACUGGUUCCGAUCAUAUUAGAGAAAAGGAUGGUCUGUGGGCAGUCCUAGCUUGGCUGUCCGUGAUUGAACAUAAAAAUAUGGGAGUUGAGGAUAUUUUGAAGGAACAUUGGAAGACUUAUGGAAGAAAUUACUUUAGCCGAUAUGAUUAUGAAGAAGUUGAAACUGAAGGUGCCAACGCCAUGAUGCAGCACCUUGAAAAUCUUAUUGUAAGCAAAGAUUUUGUUGGUAAAACUUUAGCUUCCAAUUGUAAAACUUACAAAGUCGCCAAUGCUGACAAUUUCUCUUAUGUAGACCCAAUUGAUCACUCGGUUGCUAAAAAUCAGGGAAUUCGUGUCUUGUUCGAAGACGGUUCCAGAUUAAUCUACAGAUUAUCAGGAACAGGCAGUAGUGGCGCAACGGUCAGAAUUUACAUUGAAUGUUAUGAAAAAGAUGAUGUUUUGACUGAUGCCCAAGUGAUGUUGAGGCCUCUAGUCAAUAUUAGUCUGGAUAUUGCCCAGCUUAAGAAAUUCACUGGUAGGGAAGAACCCACUGUAAUCACAUAAGCAAGUUUCUCAGGGCUACACUUAUUUAGAACAAACAUUUUUGAAAAAAUUCAUUGAACGUGUGUAGCAAAUUUAAUUGCCAUGUACUUUUUUCAUUUAAUUAAUUUUUUAUUGAUGUAUCACUUUUAAAAAAAAAAAUAUUGUAUGCUUAUUCAAAUUUUGUUAUAUUUAUUGUAUUUUUAUAUUGUUGUUUUACAUAAUUUCGAUUCUCCUUCGUUGUUGUGUUGCAUGCUGAAUUGAUUAAUAUAUUUGGAUCUAUAUUGUUCUUAUUUUUUUUUGCAAGAAAUGAAUCUUUUUGUUUACAUUGUGAAGAGAUUUGCCAUUUUUCAGAUAAAUAAUCUCUUAUGUCCAGUAGUGAUAUAGUAUGUACCUAAUGUCUGCCCAGCGAGUCUGUGUCUACGGGCAACGGUAAAGGCUUAGAGGGGAAUGCAGUUGUAAAAAAAAUGGCUGAUUUCAUUCAUAAAAUACCCAGCUGCGUGCGGAACUUUUUGCAAGUGUUAUCGUAUUGCAACUCGUACAUGAAAAUCAGCAAUGACCAAAUCUCCGCCACUGGAUAUGUCAAUAUAAAUCGAUAUUCCAAGAUGGGAGGAUAAAAUGACGUGAGCCC